UAGCAGACCUCUUCUCCCUCUUCCCCUCCUCCUCGCUGCUCCCAGACCACAGCCUCGUCUUCUUCCUCCUCCUCACUACUCCUUUCUGUAUUUGUGACUGCUUUAAUUUUGAAUUAUUAUUUUUUACUAUAAUUAUGAAAAUGUCAUUUUUGAUGUUAAUCUUCUUUUUUAUAGUUAUCUUAUUAUUAGAUUAGGAUAAUUUAGCACUUUAAUGUUUUCUACAUGGUUAAAUCAAUGUAAUUUGAUAUUUAGUGGUGAUGAUUUGAAUAUGAAAUUAGAUUAAACUCAUUUUCUCUAAUUUUUAUUUUAAUGCCUGGCUUUUUUGUUAAUUAUAUUUUUUAUUAUUUUAUAUUGGGUAGUUCUUUGCGGAGCUUGGGCGAGUGCCUUUAACAAUACUAUCUUAAACAUUGGUACAGUAGCAUGGAACAAGUGAUCUUUUUUACAUACUCAUUUCCUGAUCAUUGAAACACAUUAAGGAGGACAUAAAAAAUAAUUUUGAUAUAUUAAUUUAGAUUAACGUAACUUGAUUGUAGCCAGGUACUGUGGUCAUAUAUGGUGCUCAGUUUUUGCAAUUUUCUUAUCAUACAAUAUCUCCAAUGAUGUUUUUUUUUUGACAACUGACGAUUAAUUUCUGGUUCUUGGAAUGUUCUGAAAAUGCAUGCAUGUCAUGUAUGAGAAUUUACUUUGGAGAAAUAGCAAGCUACAAGGUGAAUAAUGUUGAUAACAAAGACAACAGGAGAAGUGCUGCUUUUAAAGAGAGCAAAUAGAAUUGGACACUCUUUUGACGGAAAAAAAUGCAUGGAAAAGAUAGAACAAGAGAUAGCAGAGAUGGGAUAAAGUGUGCUUUGCAGUUUCUGAAGCUACUAACUACAAUAGAUAAAUAGUGGAAGGUAGUGUCAGUGUGCAUGUGUCAUAUCAAGACAUCAUUUCAGUGGUGGAGAAUUGCUUGGAUGUGAGCAUGAUAAUAAGUAAAUGAUCAAAGGUACUCUUAAUCAACACUCAAACACCAUUUUCUGAAAGAAAUGGUUUAUGGGAACUGAAUGCAGGUGGAUUUACGUGAGGAAUUUUAUCUCAUACAGAUGAUCAGCUGGAAGUUUCCAACUUCCUUUUGGUUGGAAGCAGAUACAGAAAAUAUAUUUAGUUUGGAUGUGCUUGAUCUGAGGUAGAAGAGGAGUUGGGAAUUAGAGAGGGCAGCGAUUAGAUUAGUUUAUUUGUUUUUUUCUGCAAACAGCACACGAUACUGCUUCAAAAGAUGAUGUUUUUGAUGCAAAAAAUGCGCUUUUGCCUUUUCCCAUGUAACAAUUCCUCCGUUUAUCUUUCCUCCUAUCAACUUUGCAGCCUGUUUAACUUUUCCACUGCCAAAUACGAAAGUUCAGAGCACAGUUCCAACUUGAUAGUGGUCAAGCCCCUUCAAUCAUGUGAACUUUCCUCAGAAAAGGCUGCAAAAACAGCCAAGUAUCACACCUGUCAUAAAAGUUCUUCGAGUCUUUCCAUUGAGUUCUUUAAGCAGAAUGGUUGGAGCGAUGCACAAGUCAUGAAACUUACCCAGAAGGCACCCAAGUUGCUGCGUGCUAAGGUAGAGACUACACUGAAGCCCAGGAUGAGAUCUUUGCAGGACAUGGGAUUUUCUGAUACUGAAAUAGUUCAGUUGGUUUCAAAAUGUCCGACUAUACUCUUUCAGAAUAUCCAACCGAAAUUGAACUUCUUGAAGUCACUACUUGGUUCUAAUGAGAGGUUACUGAAAGCCUGCAGUAGGAACCGAUUUCUUCUUACUUCUAACUUAGCUCGGAAGAUAGAGCCCAAUAUAUCUCUCUUAAGGGAAUGUGGCAUCAGUGAUAAAUGCAUCGCGCGUAUGGUGGUGUUGAAUCCGGGUUUUGUUGUUCGAAAAAACAAAUUUAUUAAGGAAGUUAUUGAACAUGUUGUGGAGUUGGGUGUGCCACAUGAUUGUGGAAUGUUUUCUUAUGCACUUCUUGCUCUCUUGAACUUGAGCAGAUCUAAGUGUGAUGCUACCUUUGCAACCUUGAAGAGCUUUGGUUGGUCCCAGCCAGACAUCGUUGCCAUACUCAGGAAUAACCCAUGUGUUUUGAAACUCUCAAUGAAGAACAUAUCUGACAAGAUUACAUUCCUGAUGAAGGAAGCUGGUUGUGAGCUGCAAUGUAUCAUUCGUCACACUGGGAUUCUUUCACGUAGCUUGGAGAAGAGGAUGAGACCUCGGUAUGAAGUUAUGAAUUUUCUUGAGCAGAAUAAAUUGCUGGAUAAAGGACAUAGCCUUAUGUCUGUCUUGGUACUAACUGACGAGAAGUUCAUAAACAAAUUUCUUUUCCGGCACAAGGAGAAAUUUACUGCUCUCUAUAAUUCCUAUGUUGCUGCCGUGCGGGGAAGGCCCCACGAUGUGGCCGAAAAUUAGGAUUGCAAGUGCUUCCUGGAGACAAAUUGUAAACCUAUUGCAUACUGACUGUACUAUUUAAUCAUCUUAAAUUUGUGGCAACUUAUAUUCUUUAGGAGUUUUAUCGAGUAGAACAUCCCUGUUGAGUUUGAUAUUUUAUUUCUAAUUAUCUUUUGCGUCCAACACUAGAUACCAUUUAUUUUA